ACGAUUUCGAGAAAAAUUUCGCUACGGAUAGUUUAGUAGAACGGUAGACGUCAAAGCGUGACGGAUACUCGAGAUAUAACUAACCUGUAUUAUGUUUUGUGCGAUAAACAAUUGUGCAGAAAUUUUUUCAAAGUGCAAAAUACACCAUUUAAAGUAAUUUAAAUGAGUUCUGCUGUCGAGAAAGAUAUAAAUGAUGCAUUUGAUGAAAUCUUGUUUGCCGAAGAGACAGUCAUAAAAAAAGCAUAUCAAGCAGGAUUCAAUGAGGGUGCCUCUCAAGGGAACUCAGAAGGCUACCACUUAGGAUAUCAUCGAGGAGCUGAACUUGGAGCAGAAUUGGGUUUCUAUACAGGGGUUGUUGAGAUUUGCUUAGAGCAACAUGAGAAGGCUAUGUUAGAUCGAGUCAAAGAGCAGCUAAAACACUUGAAGGUCCUCUUAGACAACUUUCCUAGGGUGAAUGAUGAAACUGUGGAUAUUGUUACACUAGCAGAUCAAAUAAGAACUAAAUACAAGAAAGUGUGUGCCCAAAUGAAGUUGAACAUGCCAUAUCCUGAGACUAACAUCAUAUCUUUUUGAAAAUAAUUGGCAUUGCUCUGUAAUUCUUUGACUUGUUAUUUAUGGAUGAAUAUAAUUUAUGCUCCGGAAUUUCAUACAGCAUCCUUUAUAAAUGGAUCUUCUUAACUCACUCACAUGUCUUGCAUAAAUGAAUAGUAGCAUUCUCAUGCCUGGCAGGUUUUUCACACAAUAAAGAAAAUUAUUAGUUUAACCUUCUCAGUGAUUUUUUUCAUUUUGGACACAAACAGCCAAUGUCCAGGGUACUUGCUGAAUGGGGCAAAUCAAAAAGGAUAUCAAACCUCUAACAAAAGUUCAUUGCUGGUUCUGUAAACUCUAGCCAACCCAAACUCUAUGCAUAUUUGGGCAUUCACAUACAAUUUUGUUGUUGCCAAAUAAGAUCACAAUAAACUCCAUUUUCCUUUCAAA